UAGGGUUUCUCGUUGUGAAGCUCUAGUCGCUGCUCCUCUCGCAUCUUUCUCGCAAAUCCUCAAGCUUCGCCUGAGAGCUAUCCGCCAUGGCUGAGCAGACCGAGAAGGCUUUCUUGAAGCAACCCAAGGUUUUCCUAUGCUCGAAGAAAACCGGGAAGGGGAAAAGGCCCGGAAAGGGUGGAAACCGCUUCUGGAAGAACAUUGGUCUUGGAUUCAAGACACCUCGCGAAGCCAUUGAAGGAACAUUCAUUGACAAGAAGUGCCCUUUCACGGGCACUGUUUCGGUCAGAGGCCGUAUCUUGGCCGGCACUUGCCACAGUGCCAAGAUGCAGAGAACCAUCAUUGUCAGGAGGAAUUACCUUCACUUCGUGAGAAAAUACCAGAGGUAUGAGAAGAGGCACUCGAACAUCCCUGCCCAUGUCUCCCCGAGCUUCCGUGUCAAGGAAGGAGAUCACGUAAUCAUCGGCCAAUGCAGGCCAUUGUCAAAGACGGUGAGGUUCAACGUGCUGAAGGUGAUCCCGGCAGGUUCGGCUGCUGGUGGGAAGAAGGCCUUCACCGGGAUGUAAAAGGAGUUUGAUUUUCUGUUUUUUUUAGCAAGACAAAGCUAUUUUGAGUGUUUUUGCUGCACCGAUUUUGUUUCUCUGGGACUUGAUUGAGACGAAAUCUAUCAACUUUCUUCAGGCAGAUUUGAGUUAAAAAGUGUCUACAAUAGAACUUCUGUUCUGAGUUUUUGUCAGUCGUAAAGUCUUGAUUUUGUUUUA